AGGGCCGGUCUGAACUUCCAGGCGGGUCAGCCAGCCAACAAGCCGUGUUUACGUAAACAACCCUCAACAGUGUAAACAUGGCAAGCUUGUGCCACAUCGCUCUGUGCGACACUUGACGUCCAAGUGAUCUGUUAGAAGCUCCCCUCAGACUUGGCUCAACGGGCUGACCUCUGUCCUCAAAACGAUGAUUUCGCCCCCAAAGCAAUGAUUUCGUCCCCAAUACGAUGAUUUCAUCCCAAAGCGUUGACUUUUGUCCUCGAGCGGCACGGGCAGCCUCCUUUGCCUCGCAGACGUUUGUAGUGAAGAUCAAGAAGCACAGACGCGUAGUCAUAGCACAAUGGCAGUGAAUUCCGAUGAGCGAAUGGACAAGAUGAUGCAAAUGAUGCAAGCGAUGAUGACGCAGGUGGACUCCUUGGUGGAGAAGCAGGACUCCUUGGUGGAGAAGCAGGACUCCUUGCAGAAGCAGGUGGAGUCCAUACAAAAGGACAUCAAUACAUUCGUGACACCACUCUACCGCGUGCAUCCAGUCCCAGAAGAUGUGGUAUCGCAAUUGACUGACAAGACUUUCCAUGAGACAGCAAAGAAGUACUACGGGGGCGCAAAUUCGUGUGUCAUCUUGGGACAGCUUUUCAGUCCAAAGAAAUCCCGCAAUUAUGCCAGCCGUUGGUUCCCAGCAGUUGCGGAACACAUCGUUCCGAAGGCACAGUGGACAGUGGCUGAGAACUGGGGGUUUCACACAACAGAUGCCAAAAACGCACUGCUUCUUCUUAAGGAUGUGGAGCUGAAGUAUCAAGCCGGGAGGUUGACCCUGAUCCCAGCUGAGGUUCAACCAGGCAGAGAUGAACUGAUUCUCGUGGUGGAGAUCAGCGAGGCAUUGAAGGACACAGUCAUCAAGUAUGUAGAUCGCCAAUGUUCCAAAUUCGCGCCAGUGAAGGGAAAAGAGAAAGGGCGGGGAGAGCUCAAAGAGCUGAAAUUCAGAGAUCUGCACGGCCAACAAAUUUCUGUCCGCCCCCCGCCUCACAUGCGAGCGCUCUUUCUCAAAGCAGAAAUGGCGCAUAGGCAGCAUCAGGAGUUGACAAAUCCGUCCAGGAUUGUCGACAGAUACACCCAGCGCUGCCCAAGCAUGACAGGAGAUCUGAUCCAGCGACUUCUGGCGUCAAAUUCGGUAGGGCCGGCUUGAGGCAGCAUGCAGAAGAGCAUGUACGAAGUCUGUGAGCAGAACUGCUUGCGAACGAGUGAGAAACCCACCAGCCGCGCUUGCGUGAUG